CCUCUCCUCUGGAUAUCAAUUGAUAACGCGAUGCUGAGGACAUUGUCCCUCAGCCAGAGACUGGGCUCAACCACGGAAAACGGACCUUGCAGUCCUUCAGCUUGAUGUAAUUCUCCAGUUUUCCCUGGUGGUGGUGGCACUGCGUCAGAGCCCGUGAAACCAGUUCAGACAUCCUCCUGGAGCUGGGGUUGAAUGCAGCUUUGUGCAGCUUUUGCCUGUGAUUGUUGUAUCUCUUUUUGAAUUUCCUAUCAAAUUUAUUAUUAAUUCCUAUUUUGGAGAGCUCAAUGGACCCAGCACUAUCAGACCAGCCGGGCCUGGAUUCUCUUAUGGAGAAUGGCGACUGCACAUGCCCUCUGGGUCUCUGGGCCUGAAUCACAAAUCGCAUCAUCCAUCGACUCAUCGAUCGCGUCUCCUGUCUCUGUCGCUGCCGUCUCUGCCUUUCGCAUCUGGCUGGCUCCCGCUGACUCUUGAUCCUGUCUCUGCCAUUGUUGUGGCAAGCUCUCCCACGCUGAUACAAAUCUUUUCCUUCGUCUCCCCUCGCAUCCCACUCCAUCGAGCAUCUGUCAACCUCCGAGGACUCUGGAGCCCACAGCUGGAAGCAGAUAUAUUUUGAAUCAGGCUCUCCGCAAAGGCAACACCCAGCUUGCUUGCUACACAAGAUCGGGCAACUCCUUUCCAUCUGCCCUUGACCCUCUGUCUCUAUCCGCAACGUCUCUCAUUCUGACUCGGCAUCUUUUGUCCAGCAGAAGACUUUUUGUGACUUGUUUCCCCAGCUCUUGCUUCCGCUUUCGGAAACCCGUAUACUUCCCCCCGAUUGAUAACUGUUUCACUCCUUCACUCCUGCUCCUCUCAACUUGUCUUAUCUUUGACAUAUCUCCUCUUGAUCGAUCUUGCAUAUUCUUCUUUCUGUUUUUCUACCCGCCACUGGGGCCUUGACUAUGUCUCGGUGACGUAUCUUCAUUCCUUGAAGCGGGCCCUUUACCCCUUCCAACCCACCUGUCCAACUCUUCCAUCCACUUGUGGUUGAGCCCAGGAGAUUAAGAACAUACGGAAAAUAAAAUAAAAAAUUCAGAAAAAAAGUAACUCAUCGCCAAAGGUGACACAAGGCUUCCAAAUUUGCUGCGUCAGUCCGUAAGGACAGUCAAACACAAUGGCGGGCGGUUAUUUUGAUCUUCCUAUAUCUUCCUCUUCCCGGCGCUCGAGCCUUACUGAUGUAUCUGGAGGAGGCGGUCGAUAUCCCCCAGGGCCGCGUGUAUCUCCCCUGCAGAAAUCCAAUGAGAGCUUGCCUGAGAGGUCGAUGGACCCCAGCGGAGCUCAGGGCAAGCAGCCGCGGAAUGCAGGUAUUCUCAAAAGCGCGAACCGCGUCAAAUUCACAGUCAGCGAGGCGGGGAUGGGUGUCAGCCCGGCCCUAUCAUCAACGCCACAGCCCCGGUGGGAUGGAAGGGGCUCCCCCCUGCCGCAGAAGCCACCGCCAACCGCUAGCAUUCCGGCGUCUGAGAGAGCAGGUCCCGAGCUCCACCCACUUCCCUAUGGGGAGAUCAGCUCAAGCUUUCCUGCAGUUGUCACAGGUCACUCCAGGGAUAGCUCCCCGGGGAUCGCUGGAGCUGAUGAACUCAACAAUGAGAAGGGGAGGGCCAUCCACUCAGCCUACUCGGCCCAGGAGAGAGCACAGAAGCUGGCUUCCCAUUUGGGACGUUCCUCAAAAUCCCCAAACCUGAGCCCGUGGCCUAGUCUGCCGUCAUCUGUUGCAAGUACUCCUACUGAGGCGUCACAGCCCUUGGAGGACAGUGAUGACAUUCCUAUGAUCAGACUCCCUGAAAAACACUUCGACUACCUCUCCGACGAAGACGACGACCACUAUGGUUUAGUUGAUGGACUCCCACACAACCGUACCUCCGAAGCUCACCAUCUUGUUCAACAGAUGACUCGCCGAGAUUUUAACCUUCUGAACCGGAUCCGUGCUCCGUCCCCAGGACUACGCUCCGGUCAGGUCACCCCUAUUGAGGAAAGGGACCCCGACGAUUACGUCCCACGGCCAAGCCAGUACCGCGGAGGCAUUCUCUCUUCUCUUCUCAAACUUUACGAUCAACCGAUUAUUUCGUCAGCUCGCGGCCGGCAUGGCCAUUCCCGCCAGAGUAGCUCUGGUGAUCUGAGUGCCCGUGGACUAUCCCCGGACCCAAGCUGGCGUUACCCCCAAAAGCCACGCAAGUGGUAUGAGAAAUCACCCAGCCAGUCAAGCACCUCGCUGGCUGGAUCGACCGCCAAAAACUCUACUAGCUCGCCCUUUGCGAUGCUUAAGCGCUCUCGCAGCAGCGGGGCUGUCUCAGGCGUGCCCAAGCGCGUGGGCAAGCCCGGGUUGGAGGAUGAGAUUCGCAUCACGGUCCAUAUCGCUGAACUGCUCCAGCGUCAGCGUUAUCUGCUGAUCCUUUGCCGAGCUUUGAUGAAGUACGGCGCUCCCACGCAUCGACUGGAGGAGUACAUGAAGAUGACGGCUCGCAUACUGGAGAUCAGCGCCAGUUUCUUAUACCUGCCUGGCUGCAUGGUCGUUUCCUUUGACGAUCCCUCCACCCACACUACUGAAGUCAAACUCGUACGCGUGAACCAGGGGGUGGACUUGGGCAGGUUAUCCGACGUUCAUACCAUCUACAAAGAGGUUAUUCACGACGUUAUCGGUGUUGAAGAGGCCAUUCAACGGCUGAUGGAACUUGGAAAGAAAAAGGACAGAUACCCUGUCUGGCUCCUCAUUCUCCUCCAUGGAUUUGCCAGCGCGUCCGUUGGACCAUUUGCAUUCGGUGCCCGUCCUAUUGAUAUGCCCAUUGCCUUUCUCCUAGGCUGCCUAUUGGGCAUCUUACAGCUUAUUCUGGCCCCUAGAUCACACCUUUACUCCAAUGUCUUUGAAAUAUCCGCGGCCGUCCUCACCUCCUUCCUCGCUCGCGCCUUUGGCAGCAUUCGAUACCAAGGCGGCCACCUCUUCUGCUUCUCUGCCCUUGCCCAGUCCUCUAUCGCCCUCAUCCUGCCCGGAUACCUCGUCCUCUGCGCCAGCCUGGAGCUUCAAUCGCGCAGUAUGGUUGCUGGUUCCGUCCGCAUGGUCUACGCCAUCAUCUACUCCCUCUUCCUCGGCUUUGGAAUCACAAUCGGCACCGCCGUCUAUGGCCUACUUGACUCCCAAGCCUCCUCAGACUAUACCUGCCCCCCGUCCCCCAUCACAAAUGAAUACCUUCAACGCUUCCCCUUCGUUCUCGUCUUCACCUUCUGCCUCGCGGCCAUCAACCAAUCAAAGUGGAAACAGCUCCCAAUGAUGCUCCUAAUAUCAUUCGCGGGUUACGUGACCAACUACUUUGCUGCAAAACGCUUCGCCUCCUCCAUACAAGUCUCCUCCGCCCUCGGUGCUUUCGUCAUCGGCGCCAUAGCAAACCUCUACUCCCGUCUCCGCCACGGCUUCGCAGCUGCCGCCAUGCUUCCGGCGAUCUUCGUCCUCGUGCCCUCAGGACUCGCGGCGUCGGGCUCUCUGAUCUCCGGCAUCGCCUCCGCAGAACAGAUAACAACCCAGAAGACACCUUUCUCCGUCGUCAGCAACGGAACACAGGGCUUCGUGGAUGCAGCGAUGAACAUGACCGCGACAGCUCAAGAAUCGCAGAAUCCCUUCCGCGGCGUCGUCUUUGAUAUCGGGUACGGGAUGGUCCAGGUUGCGAUAGGGUUCACAGUUGGCUUGUUCUUAGCUGCGUUGGUGGUUUAUCCGCUGGGGAAGAAACGGAGUGGGCUGUUUAGCUUCUGAUUUUUCUCUGGCUUUCAUAUCAACUUGAUAUCGGCUCUUUCCCCUGAUGACACGGUGACGACGUAUUUACGCCUUGUCUUGCUUGUCCCGUUCCUGUUCCUUUGCGGUCUGCGAUGAAGCGAUUUGUGUUCUUCUGGAUCGUCCCCAGUCGUGUUAUUCAGCGAGCCCUCCACUUCACUUCUGUUCCAUCUCAUCCAUUCCAUUCCUCCCAUGUCAGCCUCGUUGGUUCGCAAGCAUCAUUCGGAGCCUUCAAGUCCUCACUUUCACCAUCAUACCCACAUCCGCUGGAUCUGGCCCCUACCUCACUCUUCUCUCGGUCUCGGUUCUUGUCUAGUGUACUUUUCUCUGCAUAUCGCAUCCAACCAUGUGCCCUUUCUAUUUCCUUUCGUCUCGUCGUUUCAAUCCAAUCGGCCAAGAGCCAUGAUGUUUUAUUCUUCCGGUUUGUCUUCUAAAUCUACAUCCCAAGUGAGUUGCUCUGUCCUCGUGACAGCGAAUUCCUAGCAUAUGAGAACUACCUCAAUACGUUCUACUUUCUACUCUACUCUGCAAUAAGCUCGUUUCUCGCUCUUCUCGUUCCAUCUUGUAUCUUGUACAUCGCAUAUGUAUAUGCACCCGCCCUUGAACCUGCACAUAAUAUCGACCUUUUACAUUUCCCAAUGCGGCACACAGAGCAAGCAUACUAAAAAGCGAGUACUUAAAUCUAAGUCUGAAUUAAGUUCAAGAUGGUCGUUUGGCCCGUUCUAUGCAACUUGAAUCAUAAGCACGACUACCCUAAAUAUGAAAUUGUAGCAAAACGCUGGUCAUUGCCUGGUUUGGCUGGCUUGAGAGUAAAUAACCAUGUAAUGCAAAAGACACC